AUGCAGGAUGAAGCGAAAAAACUCUUUCGACCGCCAUUCAAAUGGAUAUUUCUAAAUAAGCAACAUUUAAAUCUAAGCGACUCGGUUCUGGGCGCUGGAAACGUUCAACUAGAUGAAGACGUUGUGUUGAUAACUAAAAGGAAAGAUAUAUAUCAAAUCAGCUUUGUUUACAAAAUCACCAACAUUUCUAACUGGAAAGUUGAGCGAUUUGGAGAAUGGAGCGCAAAAUUUGGUUUAAAGAAAAACCCAGAGUGGAUAGAUGUUACAUCUCUACGACGAAAAAAUUUAGGAUUAAAUACCAUUAAUGUGUGCUUCGUGAUAACAGACAACGACAGUAUCUAUCAUCUAACGGAUGGAAAAAAUGAUCACAUUGAUACUAUUACCAAAGUUAACUAUCCGACUAUAAAUCAUCUAUUGGAUUAUUUGAAUGCCAGCAAGAAUUAUAUAUUUACUGAUACAUGGGGAUAUAAAAAUAAUAAUUCCUGGAAUGGUAUGACUGGAUACUUGGUUAGAGGCGAGGUUGAUAUCGGAGGUUCUCCAAUGUUUUUUACGAGCCAGCGUAUGUCCGUGGUCGAAUACAUAUCCAGUCCAACUCCAACUCGGUCCAAGUUUGUUUUUCGACAGCCAAAGCUAUCCUACGAAAAUAAUCUCUUUUUAUUAUCCUUUCAUAAAUAUCUAUGGUACGGUUCUGUUUCUUUGUUAACAAUUUUAUUCAUUGCUUUGUUUUUCAUUACGCUCUGGGAAUGGAAGAAGACACGUCCGGAAAGUUCUAUUGUAAGUACAUUUAUUGAUGAUUCUACUGUCCUCCGUCCAAAUGUAUCAGACAUUGCGAUUUUGAUAUUUGCAGCAACUUGUCAACAAGGUAGCCAUACAGAACUAAAAGGUUCCCUCGGCCGUGUUGUCUUACUGCUGCUUUUCAUCUUCUUAACAUUCCUUUACACAUCGUAUUCAGCCAACAUCGUGGCUCUCUUGCAGUCCAGCUCCUCACAGAUAAAGAGUUUGGACGAUUUAUUGCAUUCCAGACUUAGUUUUGGUGUACAUGACACUGUUUUCAACAGAUACUAUUUUUCGAUUGAAUCCGAACCAAUUCGAAAGACAAUAUAUGAAACAAAAAUUGCGCCAUCUGGUGGCAAAUCCCGUUACAUGACGAUUGAUGAAGGAAUAAAGAAAAUGCAGAUGGGCCUUUUCGCUUUCCAUAUGGAAACCGGUGUGGGUUACAAGUUCGUGAGCAAAUAUUUUGAAGAAGGUGAAAAAUGUGGCCUCAAAGAGAUCCAAUAUUUACAAGUGAUUGACCCUUGGCUCGCAGUCCAAAAGGAUUCGCCUUUCGUGGAGUUGUUUAAAAUUGGUACAAAGCGGCUUCAAGAGCACGGUCUGCAGCAAAGGGAAAAUCGAUUGCUUUACGAGAAACGUCCGAAAUGUUUAAGCAGACAAGAUAAUUUUGUAUCUGUGAGCAUGGUCGAUUGCUAUCCGGCAUUACUGAUUCUAUCCUAUGGAUCUCUUUUGGCAUUGACAUUUUUAAUUUUGGAAAUCUUUUACGAAAAGAAGAAACAAUCGCUUAAAACCUUCAUGCAAAAAAAUAAAAACGAAAUUGUACAGAUGGCAAAAUUGUUGAGCCAACAUUCGCUCUGUUAUGUUUUUAAUAGUGAUGAUUUUAACAAAAUUCCUCAAAAUAAAGAUGUGUUUAUAAUAGUCGAUUUGAACUGCCCAGCAAGUAAAUCUCUGUUACAAAUGGCAAAUGAUACACAUAAAUUCCGAAACCCAUCACGAUGGUUUAUCAUCGAACAAGUUGAGAAACUGGGAAAUUACAAUUUUUUGUUCGACUCUAAUGUUAUCGUUGCUGAAAGGAAAGAAAAACUAUAUAGCUUGUCCGUUAUUUACAAAUCACAUAAUCACGGCGUGCUAAUAAAAGAAUCGUUUGGCACUUGGACAGCGUCGAAAAGCUUAAACAAAUCUAGGGAAAUGGAUAAACCAGCUUCAAUGCGACGCAAAAAUCUCAUGGGCCUACCCAUAGCGGCUUCAAUUGUUAUAAGUGAUAAUAGAACAAAGACCGAAAUUAUGACUUUAAGGAACAUCUUCGUGGAUACAGUAGCAAAAUCGGGGUACCGUCAAAUUUGUCCACUGUACGACUUCUUGAACGCGUCGAUGGUGACCAUGUAUACUGACACUUGGGGAUAUCAAACUAACGGAACGUUUAACGGAAUGGUCGGAGAUUUGGUUCUGGGAAAAGCAGAACUUGCUGGUACAAUGAUAUUCAUAACAAAAUCGCGGCUGGAUGUACUAGAAUAUUUGGCGUACCCUUCUCCACCCACUACCAAAUUCGUAUUUCGUCAGCCCUCUUUGUCCUAUCAAAACAAUCUUUUCAUAUUACCGUUCAGGCCCAAAGUGUGGUUAUGUAUUCUUGGACUCAUUAUACUAUUAACAACUAUUCUACUUAUCAACGCGUAUUGGGAAUAUGAGAAGUUGGACAUCCGGAACAAUAACGAUCAAACAGUGUUGCGUCCAAAUAUAAGCGAUAUUUCUAUUUUGGUUAUAAGUGCUAUUUCUCAACAAGGAAGCUUCACCGAACUGAAAGGUACCCUUGGACGCGUGGUAAUGUUUCUAUUAUUUUUCGCGUUCGUGUUUCUGUAUACCUCCUAUUCAGCAAAUAUCGUAGCGUUGUUGCAGUCCAACUCUAACAAGAUAAGGACUCUAUCUGACCUUCUGAACUCUCGGCUUGAACUUGGCGUCGAGGAUACGACGUACAAUCGACAUCAUUUCUCGAUUGCCAGUGACCCAAUAAGGAAAGCCAUAUAUCAAACUAAAAUAGCGCCUCAAGGAUCGAAAGACGCCAACUUUAUGAGUUUAGAGGAAGGAGUAAAAAAGUUACAAACGAAGCCAUUCGCCUUUAAUAUGAACUUAGGAACUGGCUAUAAGUUGGUUGAAAGAUAUUUUCACGAACACGAAAAAUGUGGUCUUCAAGAGAUUCAGUAUAUUCAGGAAUCAAAAGCUUGGCAAACGUGUCGAAAAAAUUCGCCAUACAAAGAAAUUUUUAAAAUUGGAUUGAUCAGGAAUCAAGAACAUGGUCUGAACGAUCGAGUUAAUCGGCUAGUGUACACGAAGAAACCUGCCUGCGCUUUCCGUGGUAGCAGCUUCGAUUCCGUCAACAUGAUCGACUUUUACCCAGCAUUACUUCUACUGCUGUAUGGAAUGUUGUUUGCUAUCCUCUCUCUUCUUAUAGAAAUUGUUUAUCAUAAGCGAGUCAUGCGUAUUUCUAAAAAUUAUGAAUAAUUCAAAUAACCCUAUGGAAGAUAAUGGGAGGGAUUAUGCUGUGUUUUUAGUUAAAGGAAACAUAGAUUUUUAAUUAAUAAAAGUAAUUAUUUAAAAAAAAAUAUUUCUAUGCGAAUGUUCAAAGAGAAACGAUUGUAGUAAGGUAAUGUAAAAAUCAAUUUUUCAUAAGCACAAGUCAAAACAAAAAUAAUAAUAUUUUACGAAGUUUUUAAGAUAGUGAUGUAUUUGAGCAAUAAACA